GCAUCAUACGAGCUGCUACACCGGAGCGGAAGACGAGUCCAGCAGCGUGGAUAUGUCGGAUCCGGCAUCGCAGGCCUUGCAACCCCGGCUUCAACAAACCCAGUCCACUGGGUCCGGGGGGUCCAGUACAGGUUCCGGCACAGGAAACAGCGACCCGGCCAGACCCGGACUUAGCCAGCAACAGCGUGCAAGCCAGAAGAAAGCCCAAGUCCGAGCUUUCCCACGGGCGAAAAAGCUUGAGAAACUUGGCGUAUUCUCUGCAUGCAAGGCUAUCGACACAUGCAAGUGCAAUGGAUGGAAAAACCCGAAUCCACCGUCAGCUACGCGUAUGGACCUGCAGCAGCAAGCUGCCAGCCUGAGUGAGCCGUGCCGCAGCUGUGGACAUGCCCUGGCUGACCAUGUGUCCCACUUGGAGAAUGUAUCAGAGGAUGAGAUUAACAGGUUACUGGGGAUGGUGGUGGAUGUGGAAAACCUCUUUAUGUCUGUGCAUAAAGAGGAAGACACAGACACCAAACAGGUCUACUUUUACCUUUUCAAGCUGCUGAGGAAGUGCAUCUUGCAAAUGAGCCAGCCAGUCGUAGAGGGAUCCCUCGGAAGUCCGCCCUUUGAAAAGCCAAACAUUGAACAGGGGGUGUUGAAUUUUGUUCAGUACAAGUUUAGCCAUCUGGCACCGAAGGAAAGGCAAACCAUGUUUGAACUUUCAAAGAUGUUCCUCUUGUGCCUAAAUUACUGGAAGCUGGAGACACCUACACAGUAUCGCCAGCGCACACAGAAAGACGAUGGGACGGCAUACAAAGUUGACUACACUAGGUGGCUGUGCUACUGCCAUGUUCCCCAAAGUAACGACAGCCUGCCACGCUAUGAAACCACUCAGGUGUUUGGCCGCAGCUUGCUCAAGUCCAUCUUCACCGUGACUCGACGCCAGCUCCUGGAGAAGUUCAGAGUGGAGAAGGAUAAGCUGCUGCCAGAGAAACGCACACUCAUCCUCACACACUUUCCCAAGUUUCUGUCCAUGCUUGAGGAGGAGAUUUAUGGUGACAAUUCACCCAUCUGGGAGGCUGACUUCACCAUGCCCGCUUCUGAGGGCACACAGCUGGGACAUCAGACAGUAAUCAGUCCAGCAGCAGUGUCUGGCUCCCCAGCUUUAGCUAAAGGCCUGAGCAGCAUUUCGUCUCUGGGCAGCAUGGACAGUGGAGGUUCAGAGCCCAUCACAGGAGAGAAGCGUAAACUUCCAGAGGCGUUGACUCUGGAAGAUGCAAAGCGCAUACGUGUGAUGGGAGACAUUCCUAUGGAGCUGGUCAAUGAAGUUAUGAUGACAAUCACUGACCCUGCUGCUAUGCUCGGACCAGAGACGAAUCUGCUCACACCAAAUGCUGCUCGUGACGAGACUGCCAGGCUGGAGGAGAGGCGGGGCAUUAUAGAGUUCCACGUCAUCGGAAACUCACUUUCCCAGAAGUCCAACAAGAAGAUCCUGAUGUGGCUGGUCGGCCUGCAGAACGUCUUCUCUCACCAGUUACCUCGAAUGCCCAAAGAGUACAUCACUCGACUGGUGUUUGACCCGAAGCACAAGACCCUAGCCCUUAUCAAAGAUGGCCGCGUCAUUGGAGGCAUCUGUUUUAGGAUGUUUCCCACUCAGGGCUUCACAGAGAUAGUCUUCUGUGCCGUCACAUCCAAUGAGCAAGUUAAGGGCUAUGGUACCCACCUGAUGAACCACCUGAAGGAGUACCACAUCAAACACAGCAUCCUCUUUUUCCUCACUUACGCUGACGAGUACGCCAUUGGCUACUUCAAAAAGCAGGGCUUUUCCAAAGAAAUCAAAGUGCCGAAGAGUCGAUACCUGGGAUACAUCAAAGACUACGAAGGAGCGACGCUCAUGGAGUGUGAACUGAACCCGAGGAUCCCCUACACUGAACUCUCUCACAUUAUUAAAAGACAGAAAGAGAUCAUCAAGAAGUUGAUUGAGAGGAAGCAGAGCCAGAUCAGAAAGGUUUACCCAGGUCUCACCUGCUUCAAAGAGGGAGUACGACAGAUCCCAGUAGAGAGCAUUCCAGGCAUACGAGAGACUGGCUGGAAACCAAGUAACAAGGACAAAGGGAAAGAGGUGAAGGACCCUGAUGUGUUGUACAAUAUGCUAAAGAACCUUCUGGCCCAGAUAAAGACUCAUCCUGACGCCUGGCCCUUCAUGGAACCAGUGAAGAAAUCUGAAGCUCCAGAUUACUACGAAAUCAUCCGAUUUCCCAUCGACCUGAAGACCAUGACGGAGAGGCUGAAGAACAGAUACUAUGUGACCAAGAAGCUUUUCAUCGCUGACCUGCAGCGAAUCAUCACCAACUGUCGUGAGUACAACCCACCAGACAGCGAGUACUGCAAGAGUGCCAACACCCUGGAGAAGUUCUUCUACUUCAAAUUAAAAGACGGAGGCCUGAUCGACAAAUGAACUGGGCUACAGAAUCACAGACAGACCAGGUGGGACAGUCACGGCUGCCACAAACACACACACCGAGAUGAACAGGUCACAAAGGAAGCUAUCACUGGUUGUUGCCAUAUCUGAGAUAAUAAAAGGUUAUUAACAAACAUCAACAUGACGGUUGUUUGGAAACAUCAGAGCCAGAUGAGCGUCAACGUAAAAAAUGGCAUUACAUUUUCUCUUAUACAGUUAGCUUGUACUUGUUUUUUUUUUCCUUUUCUUUUCCAGCACUCAUAGUAAGUUAAUAGUUCCUUAUUAACACAUGUGUCAUUAAAUGUAACCAAAGUUACCGGUCCAAGUUAUAACGAUAUCACUCUUUCCUCAAAUAUUUAUCACGAGAAUCACCUCAUUGUGUUGCAUUUAAUAACAUCCGUUCAUUCCGGUUUGCGUAGAACUUGUCACGCGAGUGUAGUGCAGAGUUGAUUCACAGAAAACUGGACCUCGGGACCUAAAGCCACGUUGCCUUCCGUUACUGACAAACACUUGAACAUCUCAUCCAUUUUAAAGACACAGAAGCAGGAGUGAAGUCAAUUCAACACGUAAUAAUGAAAGACGAGCAGUCGUGUUGUUGGGGUUUCUCUUUUCAUUCCAGUGAGAUUAAUUAUGAAAAAAAAAACAGACUUAACAAUAAUAAGAAAAGAAAGAAUGGAAAUCACUUCUCAGAUUGUUGCCUUCAAGGAAACAUGUUCAUGUUCUACAGUUAAAAGUAACACAUACUACAGUUUAUGGACCAUUCUCCACGGUUAGGCUUUUAUUCCAUGCUGUUAAACGCGAGGUCAUACAAUUGUGUAGCUUUCACCGCGCUUUCAGGCGAGUCUGUAGCUCCUGGCACUGGAUUUUUUUCUCUAGUACACUCACUUCCACACAUUAUGCUAAAGUAGUCCGUCUCGUGUCUGGGCCACAUUUGUGUUGUGGUCUCACAGGUUUACUGGAUCGUUUGUGUCGUUAAGUCCCCAACGUGGUGGUGGUGGUGGUGUAGUAGUAGUGGUGGUGGGCGGGAGGGGGAAGAAGCUAACUAAGUGGUCCUCAUGUAGGUUUAGGGAAGAAGGAAAACGAGCUGUAGCGGGUGCUCAUGCAUGGUGAACAGUUUACAGUUAGCAUUUACAGAAAAUGUCGAGCCCUUUUGCCGUUGCAGGGUUUUUAUUUUACAUUGUUACAGAGAUUGUAAGGCAACAUUUUUUUGUGUCAAACUGAGCACUUCCGGAGAGACAUCCACACCGUCUAUGGAAGCAGCUGUCCAGUGCUUUUUGAGCACGCUUAUUGAAUGUUUCACUGACACAUACAUAUGUGUGUGCGUGUGUUUUGUUUGUGCACAUGACUGAGUGAUGGUGUUUUUUUUUUUUGUUGUUUUUUUUUACUUGAAUCAUCACUAGCUUUGACUUACUGAUGUGAUGUCAGUGGUGCAUUAUUCAGGGUUGUCCGUUGUGUACUUCUUCCUCAAGUCUACCGAUGCUGCAUUUCAGAUUUUCUUACAAAGUGAACUUUUCACCAGUUUGAGAAAGGCUACCGUCUCAACUUAUGGUAUACAUGCCAUUUACUGUAGCUAUAAUACUGUCCAUGACAUUUUUUCUUUUCUUUUUUUUUAAUGUAUCAUUCUAAAAUGUCUUGGUGAUUUCUAAGCUGUUACCAAUGCCACAGAAACAGGUAAACACAACAAUGCAGUUAUCAACAUGAGUCACUUGAACUCGAGUCAGACGUGAGUUAUGAUUCUGGGGAUUUGUGACUUGACAAAAUAAACGACAAAACCAA